CUAGCUGAUGCAGUGAGGCAAAGAAUACAUGAGUGGAGAGAAUAUAUAACAUUCAGAGAACCAGGCUCCCUUCAACAUUCCCGUUUCCUUGGAGAUCCAACAUGGCGGCCGUAAAUGGUCAAAAUUCUCUUGAAAUGAAACGCCAAGCAGUGGCUUAUUACAGCGAGAACAAAGUUCCUGAACAUGUAGAAAAGCUACUUAAUGAUAUGUUCAAGGAAAAACCAGAGGACAUAUAUGGAUAUAUGUCGGAAUUCUUUGGGAAUAUUUCAAAACCUCCAACAAUUUCAAAGAUUGAAUGUCAUGAAGUACUGAGUAGCAGAGGUUACCCUACAGUACAAGUUGAUGUCUAUUGUACUAUAAAAGGACUCUCAAAGCUAAUAACCUCUGUGAAUGUCCCAUAUGAUGUUUGCCCCGAACCCAUUCGUGCCAAGACACCAGAACUCAAAGCAAAGUCACCAGAUCCUGGUAAACARUCCAAGGGYCAGGCWGCUGASAGUCARCCWUCAGCUGCACCAAGUGAAACAGAUAUCAAAUCAUGCAAGGUUGAUACCAAUGAUUUGAUUGACAGGAUUACAAUGAUGCUUGCUCCUGAACUGACAGGUGCAGACCCAAUGGAUCAGAAGAAUACCGACAGAAUUUUGAUGAGUCUUGUUGAGGAAGUAACUCCAGUUUCAAGGCCAAUAUCCGUACAAGAAAACAAGGAUGAAGAAACWGAAAAAACYGCUGAUGAUGCWGCUUCUGGAAAGUUUUCCAWUAUUUCCAAGAAAUCACUUGGCAAAAAGCCCAGUGGAAUGCUGGAUAAGAAGGGAGCAAAGGAAUCAGCUGCACAAAUACCUGAUAUGGUGGAAGAAGUUGCAAAUAUUGAUUAUGCAAUACUUGGUGUUUCUAUGGCAACAUUGAUGGUUGGAGCCACCUUAAAGUCAUGCUCUUUAUUUGAAUAUAUUAAAGCUAAGGAGGAUGGUCAGUUUACUAUGCCUAUCCCUGCAAUGACACUARUAACAAGUGGCAAACARGCAGCAGGCAAACAGAAUCUAAUCAAAGAGGUUCUGGUAUUGCCAAAACCAGGGGUYUCUAUGGAUAAGGGUUUACAGCAGUUAUCAGAGAUAUUUCACAGAAUGGGCACAUUAUUGGCUCAAAAAAUAAAUCUGACUGCUAAGUGUGUAACUGAGGAUGGUACCUAUUCACCAGCCUUUGAUAAGCCUGAGAUGUUGCUGGACUAUGUGGUGGAAGCCAUCAAUGGGUGUGGCUUUGCACUUGGUGCUGAUGUGGACAUCAUGUUAAACUGUGCUGCUUCUGAGAUCUAUGAUAAGGACAAAUUAAAAUAUGAAAUCAUGUUAAAUGCAUUUAAGACACUGGAUGAUGUCAUCAACAUGUACUCAGAUUUCUUGGACAGGUAUCCAGGCAUCAUYGGCAUCAUUGAUGGYGUCAGAAGUCAGGACAAAGAAGGCUGGAUCAAACUAAAUCAAAGAAUCGGUGAAAAGUGCUUCAUUAUUGGYGAURACUUGUAYAAACGAAACUCUAAAUUACUACUUACUGGCGUGACAGACAAGUUAUCAAGUGGGGUGAUGAUUAGUGCGGAUCAAGCAAAUACUGUGACUGAACUCCUUGAAAAAAUAGUAAAUAUUAAAGAUCAAAAUGGUUUGGUAUUUCUCAAUCAGGCUGCAGUAAGGGAUGCAUGCUCACUUGUGGCAGACAUUGCUGUGUCCAGUGGAGCUCGAUUYAUUAAACUCGGAGGUCCAACAAGACUCGAAAAUAUCACUAAAUACAGAAGACUCGCCGUAAUCGAGCAAGAACUGCRRCAAAACGACCGAGWACUGGCACAGGAACCCCACGAGUUUCCUACUAUUAAUGUCCAAGAAGAAACAGAAGAGCAGGAAGGACAGGAAACUUCAUCUUAAGGGAUUAAAAAAAAAACAAUUUAACGAUAAUAUCAAUCUCAUGCAUGUUGUGGUUGCUGCUUAUAUGAUGGUAAUUUUUACAGGAAUAGUUUAUGACUUUUGUUUGUGUCUUUGGUAAGUGAUUUUGAUUUUCUUGUAUUUUGAGAGUGGAGCUCAAAAACCCGUGAAAAUGUCUCAGCCCGUGAAAUGGUAUACAACCAGUAAGCAGUACUCCUUAUUUUUGGUUUGAAUUGAAGUGUUUCACAGACUGCAACUACUUUAGACACUACGAUAUCUAUUUCACGGUUUUUAGGCUCCGCUCUAAGCCUCAACAGCUGUUGACCACAAUGUGUUACAAAAUUGUACAUAACAUUGUAUUUAUGCCAUUUUACGUUGUAAAUACAUUAUUUUAUUUGAAA